AUGGGAAACACUCGGUUUGGGAAAUUCGAGGCGGCGCCUCUGCAGGCCGAUUUCAUUCCUAGUCUGCAACAACCAACCCAACAGAUUCUCUGGAUCGGAUGCUCUGAUAGCGGGUUCCAAGAAACUACUAUUCUCAAUCUCCUCCCUGAUGAAAUGAUGGUACACCGAAAUAUUGGCAACAUGAUUAUUGAAGGCGAUUUGUCCAGUGAGACUGCUGUGAAAUAUGCUGUUUCGGUUCUUGGGGUGCGCCAUAUAGUUGUCUGUGGACAUUAUGGAUGUCAAAUAGUAAAGGCUGCAUCAAGAAAUGGACUGCAGGGACCAUGGCAAAGCAAGCUUGAUUCUCUGCAUUCCACGCAUAAAGACACCAUUGAUCGACUACCGGAAGCCGAAUCGGAUCGCGCGUUUGUUAAAUUGAAUGUUCUGGAUCAGUUGCGCUCUUUGCGUCAGUUCCCCGAGGUUGUUGAUGCUGCGAAGUCGGGUGGCUUGCAAUUACAUGGAUUUGUGUAUGAUACACAUACUGGGGAGGCAUCUCGGUUGCUUGAGGAUCCCGAGGCUCAUAUUUAA